UUAAAAACCCUAGCUCUCUCUCCUUUAUUUCCUCCUCUGCCGAAGCACGCGAGUCCGAGCGUUUCAGGAGUAGGAGGGGAAGGCCGCCGCGACUAGGAGGAGAACAUGGCUAGGGGAUUGAAGAAGCAUCUGAAGAGGCUCAAUGCCCCAAAGCAUUGGAUGCUAGACAAGCUUGGUGGUGCCUUUGCCCCCAAACCAUCUUCUGGCCCACACAAGGCUCGCGAGUGUUUACCAUUAAUCCUUAUCCUAAGAAAUAGGUUGAAAUAUGCUCUAACUUACCGUGAAGUCAUUGCAAUUCUGAUGCAACGACAUGUACUGGUUGAUGGAAAGGUCAGGACAGACAAGACUUAUCCAGCUGGUUUCAUGGAUGUUGUAUCGAUCCCAAAAACAAAUGAGAAUUUUCGGCUCCUGUACGACACCAAGGGACGCUUCCGUCUCCACUCAAUCAGAGAUGAGGAAGCUAAGUUCAAGCUGUGCAAGGUCCGGAGUGUUCAGUUUGGACAGAAAGGCAUUCCUUAUCUCAAUACUUAUGAUGGUCGUACAAUUCGAUAUCCAGAUCCUUUAAUCAAAGCAAAUGACACCAUUAAGCUUGAUCUGGAGACUAACAAGAUCGUAGAUUUCAUCAAGUUUGAUGUUGGGAAUGUAGUCAUGGUCACCGGUGGAAGGAACAGGGGACGUGUUGGUGUUAUCAAGAACAGGGAGAAGCACAAGGGCAGUUUCGAGACUAUCCAUCUCCAAGAUGCAACUGGUCAUGAGUUUGCAACUCGCCUUGGCAAUGUCUUCACCAUUGGUAAGGGGACGAAGCCAUGGGUUUCUCUUCCUAAAGGCAAGGGUAUCAAGCUCAGCAUCAUUGAAGAGGCUAGGAAGCGACUUGCUGCCUCUGGCGCUGCUCCCACUGUCUGAUCGUAUUGUACUGCUCCCACUGUUUGAUCAUAUUGCUUCAUAUGUUGUCUGGGGCACUUGGAGUUCUUCGUGGACAUGUUGAGUGGAGGUUGCAAAUCCUCUUACCUGAUUUCGAUGAUGUCAACUCUUUUGAAGUUUAAUUUGCUUUGGAAUAUGGAUAUUAGUUCUCUUAAAUUUUCAUUGACAGCCAGAUAUUUCUUUUUCUUUUACAUAACUGACAUUUGCUUACUUCUGCUCAUGCAAUAGUUCUAAUGGCAUCUUAGGUUGUUUUCGAGUUCA